AUGUGGCGACUGCAUUUGUUCUUACUCCUGUCAUCAUGUUUUCUGGUGCCACACGAUGCCAAGCCCACGAAGCGAUCUACGGUUGGAUUUUCCACCACAACACUGGCAUCGUUACUCCUGGAAACGGAAUUAAGUAGUAGCAGUAGUACUAGUAGUAGUACUAGUAGCACGUCACCAAAAACCACCACACGUGUCACCAAUAUCGGACGCUUGGCUUCCAAGGAUCUGGCCGAUUUGCUUUUGGCCAGCAUGCAGGCACGUGGCGCCAAGCUGACUUCCAUCCAGGAAUCCACAAUGAAAUCACUUCGCAGCAAUGAGAGCAAGGACACGAAGGGUCAUAAUGUGUUCCUGGAAAUUGGCAUGGAUGUGAUUAUUGAUAUACUCGUCGGAGCUCGUAACAAUGCUACGUGUAGUCGCAUUAUCCAGGAUAUUGACCAGUCGCAGGACAGGAAUAGCCUCACUCUAACACUAAAGUCAUUUUUGGCUCUGUGCUUCUUCAAUGGCAUCGAGUGCGCCAAGGAGGAGGUGGGUCAGGUGAUCAAGAACACCCACACGCGUCGGCGAGAGCAGACCAAGGUCGUCGAAGAUCAUCAGCAGACAGAGGGAUCGGGACUUCGUACCGCCCGCAAGGUGGCUGAUGUCAAGGACGAUCGCGCCAAGGUGCUAAAGUUCCUGCAGGCACGCAAUAUCACCGAACUGACCGCCAUCCUGAACACUUUGCUGCAGGUGUGCGGAGCGUCGAGUGGUGAGGCGCACAAGAUCAUACGGAAUUUGCGAGAGAUGGGUCCCGAUUCCGUCAGUCUGCUGCAAGUGAACGCCUUUAGCAUGCUAUCCAUAUCGCUGCUUGACAGUUUGUCCACCAUUGCCGAGGGCAAAACGAGCGGUUUGUGCUCCGCCGCCCCCGAAAGUUGGAUCGUUCGCCUGCUGGCCAUGGGCGUGGACAAGCCGGUGCUAAUGGGCCUGAUGACUGCCCUCGAUCGUACAAUGCAGACCUCCACAUCCGCUGAACUGGCCAAUGCCGCGGCACUUAACAGCGUAAAUGGCGGUGACUUAACAAAUACCCCAUCCAUGGUUGGACCAAAAACAGCGGCCACUGCAAAGCGAGAGACGGGUUCCGGUAAUAUUGAAAACUUGGCAAGUGAUAUCGUCUUUAUGGGCAACGAUAACGCACUAAAUGGGCUUGUUGACGCUAAAGUGCCUGCUCAAGUUGGCGCCAGCGUUUUAAGUACGAAUUCUGGUUCUCAAGGCAACGUUCUGAAUGAGAGACCUAAUGCCCUUGUCGUUGGAUCAAGAAACGAAAUUAACCGCGCAGUUCUGGCGAAAGUUCCCGCUCAAGUAGGUGCUUCAGUGUUAUCUAAUAAUAUUGGUGGAAGCUCUUCUUCGAGUCCAUCCGGUAAUAUUGAAAACUUGGGAAGCGAUAUCGUCUUUAUGGGCAACGAUAAUGCACUAAAUGGGCUUGUUGACGCUAAAGUGCCUGCUCAAGUUGGCGCCAGCAUUUUAAGUACGAAUACUGGUUCUCAAGGCAACGUUCUGAAUGAGAAACCUAAUGUCCUAGUCGUUGGAUCAGGAAACCAACUUAACCGUGCAGUUGUGGCGAAAGUUCCCGCUCAAGUGGGUGCUUCAGUGUUAUCUACUAAUAAUGGUGGAAGCUCUUCGGGUUCCUCUUCUUCGAGUCCAUCCAACGGGUCGGGAUCUACAGGCUCUACGGUACAAGGUGGUAACUCCGCGAGUUUUAUGGAAAAACUUGUAAAUCUUGGACUCCCACUCGAUCAGGCCGCUAAUGUUUUUAGUAUCUUGAGCAAUCAGGGUUCUUCUGCGGGUGGAUCUUCCAGUGUUUCUUCUGCUGGCUCUUCAGGUGGUUCUUCAAACGGCUCUAAUGCAGGCACCUUUGUGGGAAAUAAUGCAAAUAUUGGCCCCGAUGUUGACAUCGAUGGUAGCAAUAACACGCUUAACAGUCUCGUUGAUGCCAACAUUGCUGCAUUAGCUAAUGUCCCGGCUCUAAGCCAGAUAGAUGGAAGCGGCUUUUCAAAUAAUCUCAACCAACAAUCGAGGCUACGCAUUAAAGGUGACAAUAAUACUGUUACAAAAGUUGCAGACGUCAAUGCUCCCGUUUUGGUGGCUCUAUCGGCGCUUUCCAGUCUUACGAAAACCGGUGGCCUCCCUGGUGGCUCAAGUGGUUCAAGUGGUUCCUCAUCAAGCCCACUAUCCGGAUUGGGUGGCCUCACGGGAGGCUUACCCUUAGUAGGAGCAAGCCCAUUAUCCGGAUUAGGUGGCCUCACGGGAGGCUUGCCCUUAGUAGGAUCAGGCUCAAGUGGAUUAGUAGAUAGCCUUACACACAGUGUACCCAUAGUAGGCGAUGCAACAAAAUCAGGAUCAGGUGGAAGUGGUCUUCUUGCACCCGUUGGAGGCCUUCUUCAAACCGUUGUCACUGUCGUCCCGCCGGUCCUUAACACCGUCCUUGGCACCGUAGGUGGCCUCGUGGGUGGUUUAACUGGCAGCCCAUCAGGCGGAUCUGGUAGUCCUCUAGGCGCUGUUACCAACAUUUUGGGAGGCAGUUCUUCAAGCGGCGGUGGAGGCGGCAUUGGAAACAACGCUGUCAGCGGUCCCGAAACUUCGGUCGUCGGCAACGACAAUAAUGUGGUUAAAUUGGUGGACGUCAAUGGAAACGUCCUCGCCCUCAUUCCCUUACUAUCAGUGGUAACUCAAAUCUUAGGUCUUGGAGGCCUUACUGGCAACUCACUUAACAGGGGUCCCAAGACGGUUGUUAUUGGUGACAAUAAUCGUAUAGUGAAACUGAUUAACGUUGACUUGUGGGUUUUGGCCUUCCUGGAUGUACUCAACAUAAUCCGAGGAAGUGGAGGCGUUUGCAACCAGGUCAACACUGGGCCCGGCACAGAAAUAAUUGGCAAUAAUAAUGAUAUUGUUCAGGUGGUCGAUGUGGAUUUGAGUGUGUUGCUACUGGUGGAUUUGUUGAGCCACUUGAUCACCACUGUGGCCAAUGACUGCAGCGGCAACACCACCACCACAACGGCUCAGCCUCCAACGGUGCAACCUCCUACAGUGCAACCUCCUACGGUUCAACCUCCUACAGUGCAACCUCCUACAGUGCAACCUCCUACGGUUCAACCUCCUACAGUGCAACCUCCAACCGUGCAACCUCCUACUGUUCAACCUCCUACGGAUCAACCGCCCACCUAUGGCCCACCAACUAACGAGCCACCUACCAAUCAACCUCCUACCAAUCAACCACCUACCAAUCAACCACCUACCAAUAGGCCACCCACAAAUGAGCCACCCACCAAUGGACCACCCACCGUUCAGCCACCCACCAACCGCCCACCAUCGCCCAGUCCCAACAAUUGCUAUCGCAGAUAUUGCCGGAAAUGGCGCACUCGUCCCAGCUAUUUGUGCUACAAAAACUGCGGUGGUGCCUUCACAUACAAGCCCUAAGAAGUCGGUUAUCGUGCACCACCCAGGGAACCAGCACCACCGAAACCAACAAAACCACCGGCUGUUUAGCUACUCAAUCUUGUUAUGCGUGGCCCUGCCAGCCUCAC